AUGCCUAUUCUUGAACGUGCUAAUGCAUCACUUUUUAUUAAUAUUAGUGGUUUAGAUUGUAUUGGUUCAUCAUCACUUUUUUUUGAUCAUCGUCAUGUUGAUGUUCAUUUCUUUUUUCACUGUAUCAAUUGUUCUGAAUAUAUCAAAGUGAUACAAUAUAUAACACAUGAUAAUUGUUUUCAUCUACGAAAAAUAAUCAGUGCAACGUUUGCUAGUCAACGGCCUGACAAAUCACAUUGGCUCAUUGAUGGUAAUUCUUUUAAUUUAGCUUCAUCGGAUAAUGAAUGUACAUUAUCAAAUGAACUUCAUAUAGCUGUAUCUAAUGUUGUUAUCAAAAUUGCUUGUGAUAAAGAUAAUUUAGAACAAUUCGAUAAAAUAUAUUCAGCAUUUGAAAAACCUAAAACCACCAAAGAUACAAAAUAG